CAUAGAGCCUGUCACCGUCUGUAUUAUCUGAUAAUGUUAGCUGUCAUAAAAGAAAGAAGUAAAGCAUUUUUGGAAACUAUAUGGGAUUCAUGGAAAGGAAAUGCUGACGAAAAGUUUGGUACGGUGUAUGGGAAUGUUCUUUACGUAUCGGAUUUAAUGAGCUUAAAAAUUGAGGAGGAGUUGAAUGAUCAGAUAAUUAAUCUUUAUUGUAGUGUACUGCAAAAACGGACGGAUCAGUGUGUACAGAAAGUGUCCCGUGCAGAUUGUCUGAUUCUGACCUCAAUUUUUGAAGGGAGGAAAAGCGUAACUUGGUUUAAAAAGGACGAUAUACAACAGUAUGACACUGUCAUUGGGUGCAUUAAUGACGGGAAGUGUCAUUGGGUUGCUGUGGUUAUGGAUGUCCAACACCAUAUUGUGACAAUUAUGGACCCGCUCAAAAUAUCAAAGAAAUUGAGAACAUAUGAAAAGAAUUUUAAAGAAGGUAGAGCAGGGUUUCAGAGAAUGUUAAAUGAACUCGAUAAUAUAGAAAUUCCAUUACAAGAAAUAUCUACACAAGAAGAAGGACAAGAAUUAUUAGAAACAGCAAGUAAUGCAGAAACAUAUGUGAAAGAAAUAGAAACUUCAUUUAUUGAACAAGGAACAUCUUUAAUAAAUGAAGAAACACAAACAAAAAUGACAAAAAGAGAGAUGGAUGCAUUUACUGGUGGAACUACUUCUCCUUCUCCUUCUCCUCCAUCAAAAGGUGGUGGUGUACAAGACUGGAUAAAAAAACAAUUAAAAAAUCUUGGAAAAUUAUUAUCUUUUCUUGCAGGAAAAUUAGCAGCUGCAUUACCAGAAUUUGAUAUGGUUACUGAUGCAGAAUUAGCAAGACAGAUAAGACAACAAGUUAAUGGAUGCACAAAUUAA